GAGGACAGGCCACAAGUGAUGCCUGGUAUUUCUUCCACUGCCCCCAUGCUUAAGGCUGCAUUUCUGUCCGUGGUCCGUCUGGUAGUCUCCUACAUUACAGACAGCUGCUCCUGCUCAUCAGCCUUAGGUCUGUGCCCUCAUCUACUCCGUCCGUCCUCGAAGUCUGCAUCACCAGUCCCUCUACCCUGAUCUCUGCCAAGGAAUGAAAAAAGGGAAAGAUAGGGAAAUAGUAAUUAUAGUUGACGAAAACGUUGAAGUUUUCUUAAAGUUGAAAGAGUUUGUUUUAUUCCGCUGAUCAUUGACAGAUAGUGGAUUUGGUCCCUCAACACAUCAAGCCAACUGGUGAGAGACUCAUUUUUCUGCCCCAGUGGAGAGAGAUAAACAGCUUUCUGUCUGGACUCUAGAAGAGAGACUCGACAUUGGGGGACAAACCCAGUCAUCUUUAGCCAGGACACUGAAAGAGACUAAGUUUGCUGCUUUACCUUGAGAGACACAACCUUCUGUGUCAUAACAAGACAAGACGAGCAGUUUUCUGUCUAAACAGAGACACACAGCCUAGAAAGAGAGACCAAGACCUCUGGAUUUCACCCUCUCAGGGUAAUAUAGAAACGGAGAGUACGACUGUUGUACUGCAAUAUUCCUUACCCCUAAUAUUGAGAGUCCUUCGCUUUUCUUCCCUGUCACCUGAGCACUGAGAAAACCUUUCUGCAUUCUCAUUUUUAACAGAAAAGGCACCAGCGUGGUCUAAGCAGCUGCAUCUCAGGUCGUUCCAGAGGUGUGGUGUGUGACAGGUGAUGGCCGACUGGAGUCUCCUGGGAAACUUCUUGGAAGAGGUGCAGGAACACUCGACGUCUGUGGGCAAGGUGUGGCUCACCAUCCUCUUCAUCUUUCGUAUUCUCGUCUUGGGCACGGCCGCUGAGUCGUCAUGGGGCGACGAGCAGGAGGACUUCACCUGCGACACGGAGCAGCCCGGUUGCGAGAACGUUUGUUACGACACGGCCUUCCCCAUCGCCCACAUCCGCUACUGGGUGCUGCAGAUUGUCUUCGUGUCCACACCGUCGCUCAUCUACAUGGGCCACGCCAUGCACACGGUGCGCAUGGAGGAGAAACGCCGGCGCAAGGAGCAGGAGGACCAGGGGGGAGGUGACGGGGAGGAAGGAGGGGAAGGAGGAGAGGAGAAGCAUUAUCUGGAGCAUGGGGAAGACAAGGGGGGAGAGUGCGGGAAGGAGGGCAGCGGCAUAGGGAGGGUGCGUCUGCGCGGGGCGCUGCUGCAGACUUACGUGUUGAGCAUCCUGAUCCGGACGCUAAUGGAGGUGGUCUUCAUCGUGGUGCAGUACAUCCUCUACGGGGUCUUCCUGAACGCCCUGUACGUGUGCCACAGUCGGCCUUGUCCCCACCCGGUUAACUGCUACGUCUCGCGGCCCACAGAGAAGAAUGUGUUCAUCGUGUUCAUGCUGGCCGUGUCGGGCGUGUCGCUGUUUCUCAGCGCCGUGGAGCUCUACCACCUGGCCUUUAAGCAGUGUCAGAGGUUUCUGAGGAGUAAACGACAACAGCAACAACAACAGCAACGUCAACUGCUACAAGGACGCACACCCUCAAGUGCUACGGUCAUCGCCGCUGAACCUGACAGCCCACCCCGUCCAUCCAUGCCCUGCACCCCGCCCCCAGACUUCAGCCAGUGUGUGAGCUCUUCCCCACACGCACACCCCAUGCACUCCCAAUCCCACCCCCAUCCUAGCUGCCCCCCCUUCAACAACCGGCUGGCCCACCAGCAGAACUCAGUCAACAUGGCCACUGAGCGCCACCGUGUUGUUCACAAUGACCUGGGGACGGAAGACUUCCUGCACAUGACCUAUGAGGGGCACGCCGACACGCCCAACGCCUGCACGCCGCCCCCUUCGCUGCUCCAAAAUGGCUUCCAAAAUGGCUUCCUGAAAGAAAAGAGGCGUCUGAGCAAGACCAGCGGCUCCAGUAGCCGUGUGCGACCCGAUGACUUGGCUGUAUAGCCCCAAUUCCCAACACACACACUGUUCCUGGAUCGUUUCAAACACACACACACACACACACACACACACAAGACUGGGAUGGCUAUGGCUCAUCUGUUCUGGGGGACUAAUUUGAGCACUGCAUGGCACGAGUCAACGAAGGCACAAAGUAUCACAAGUCAUGAAACGGAAUACUCGAGCUAAUCGGAAGUUCUGAAAUACGGAUGCUUGAGGAACAAUUGACAUACACAUUGGCACUUAGAUAUCAUUAGUAUGGGUCUGUAUGGGUCUCAGUCAUGGUUUUGAGACAUGGAUCCACGGGCACAACACAGCUGUAGAGGGGUUAGUGCCUUCAUAUUUAGCCCUCAGGACUAAUCCCCUAAUGUGACUGUCUGAGACAUCUGUCUGGAUGCGUACUAAAUGGCACCCCAUUGCCUAUAUUGAGACAGGUAGCCUAGUGGUUAGAGUGUUGGGCCAGUUUACAAGGUAAACAUCUGUCAUUCUGCCCCUGAGCAAGACACUGUUCCCUGGGCGCUGAAGACGUGGAUGUUGAUUAUGGCAGCCCCUCGCACCUCUCUGAUUCAGAGGGGUUGAGUUAAAGGUGGAAGACACAUUUCAGUUGAAUGCAUUCAGUUGUACAACUGACUAGGUAUCCCCCUUUACUUUUAACCAGGGCACAUAUAGCUUCGGUCAAAAGUAGUGCACUAUAUAGGAGAAUAAGGUGCCAUUUGUGACAGAGACAUUGACUGCUGUCUCUGAGUCUCUCCCUGAGAGGGGCCUUGUGCCAAACCUGAGAAUGAGUGGGUCACUGCCACACUAUCAGCUCUGUGACACUGACUGGCUGCUGGGGACAGCUAAGUGGGACAGAUGACAGCCAGUCUGUCGCUCAGAGAGAGAGAGAGAUAUGUGAAGGACGGCUGCCUGUCAAUGACCCACAAACCCACGCUUAGACAAAUGCUCUACGCGUGUAGGCUUGCUCUCUCUCACGCACGCACACAUACACACACAUUACAUUUACUGAGGCACGCAGACACUUUCAUCGGCAUACAAUACAAACACGCAGACACACCAUGUGAAUCCUAAUAUUGUAAUCCCCUCCGGAAACCACUUCCCAUAACCAUUGUUACUAACUUUGCAAUUGAAAACGCUCGUAAUUGAACAACUUCUAGAACAGCUAAGUGCGUCAGAUGCUUUGUCGCACUUUCAUACACAGAGAUCUCUGCUAAACAUUGAAUCACAUAGUGUGAUAGUGUCUCUGUGACGUCGAUAACUUCAGAAACAAAAUUGACUACAAAUACAAAGAUGCCAAUGUGUUUGCAAUUGAUACAAACAAGCGACGUAGGAAAAUAUGCUUCAAAUGAAAACCGAGAUGACUGCAUUAAAAUAUAAAUAGUAGGUUGUAGGCCUAUUUCAAUAAUAUGUUAUAAAAUGUUCAAAUAAUUUAGUUACAUUUUGCUCCUGGGCACAACUUUUGUUUUAGAAAUGGGGGGACAUAAUAAAUAUAUAUAUUUUUUUUAUCCUGUCAGAUAAACACUCCAAACAGCCUACCCAACCACUCGGAGGCGUCCGCAUGGUCCUAAAGCACACCGUUGCAUAAUUUUGUAUCAUAUUCCAAUGACAUGGGGGGGACAAAAAAUGCAAUUCCAGAAUGUAGGGGGGACAUGUCCCCCCAUCGCCAGUGAAAAUUGCACCCCUGAUUUUGCUACUUGUAGGCACUGUCAGUAUUUGUCUCAACAUAUUCUCUGAUGUGUGUUUGCAAUGAUGUGUCAAAUCGGGGAUUUAGUGCAUUUUCAUUGGGUAAGCAUUAUUCAUAAUAAGCUGCCUGAAUAUUUGCAGAAGUAGGUGGGAAUAUCUCUCUAGGAUCUGAUCCGUUUUCAGUAUUGUGAAAUAAUUAUAAUGUUAAGGAAAUAUUUGAACGGAGAAAGCUGAUCCGAGAGCAGCGCUCCCUUUCUUUCGAGUUUAUCAGGAUCUACACAAUGCUCCAACGAUGUACUUUGCGACAGUUCUCUCUGCAUGGUGUUUUGGCAGACGCAUUAUACAUCGUUAUCGGAAAGCCGGGCUGAGACCUUGAACGUGAUCUUGCCAAACAAGUGUGUCUUUUGUCAAGGAAAGACCUCUUUAGUUUAUCACUGUCAGCUCGUGAGUUAGGAAACUGUGAAAAGUAAGCCGGAGAGGAAUUCUCUUAAUUUUUGGAAAGUCAUUCCCUUUCAGAAUUAUCAAACAGAAGGCCCGAUAAAUAUAUAAAAAAAUAGGACCUAUCUUUUUUACCUGGCAAAGUAUGUGGUCGAAAACUGAAAACCUUUUGCACUGGUUUACCAAAUCUAUGUGUGUAGUGUUUUACAAAAUCUCAGAUUUAUGUUUUGAAAUGUUGUCUAGCUCAUUUUCAAUGCAUCUUUGUUUAGCGUGAAUGAUUGUAUUGGGGUGGUGUCAUUGCAAUCACAUUUUUGUAAACUUGUCACUUUAGCAAAAAGCAAUGUGAAAAUAUAUGUAUCUUUAGUGUUCCAAAUGUUUUCAUGUUUAUUUUAUGUAAAAGUAGAUAUUGUCUGCCAUCAAAAACACAUUUACCCGUGACACAUGAUAGGAAUUUGCAAGCUAUGUCUUAUCUACUAAUAUUUUAAGUAGAGCGAUUCUAUUUUGCACACCGAUAACAAUAACGUUCACUGUUCUAUCUGCACUAUAUUGUAUAUUGACUGUGUGUACGGUAAAUACCAUUGAUCCUCUUAGUACUAAUUAUGACAAAAUGUAAAACAAGCACAAACUCAAUAUAUACACCCCAUAUGUAUCA